AAUCCAACGGUUGGGACUGCGGAGUCGAAUCCAAUAACUUAUUUCUUGAAUUUAUUCCUCUUUUCUUCAAAAAUUAUUUUCUCCCUAAGAAAAAAAAUUAAACAGCCGACCGGUGCUGACGUACCAGAGACGCUUCACCAGAUCUCACUUUUCUCUUCCCUGAUCUGGGUUUAUUCGUUAGUUCAGAUAAAUUUAUUCUAUUCCCAUGGCUGCUCCACCUGCAAGAGCUCGAGCCGAUUAUGACUACCUCAUAAAGCUCCUUUUGAUCGGCGACAGCGGUGUGGGUAAGAGUUGCCUGCUUUUGCGUUUUUCGGAUGGCUCAUUCACUACAAGUUUUAUCACGACAAUUGGAAUUGACUUUAAGAUAAGGACCAUAGAGCUUGAUGGAAAAAGGAUCAAGUUGCAAAUUUGGGAUACUGCUGGGCAAGAGAGGUUUCGUACAAUUACAACUGCUUACUACCGUGGAGCCAUGGGCAUAUUGCUUGUGUAUGACGUGACUGAUGAAUCAUCUUUCAAUAACAUUAGAAACUGGAUUCGAAAUAUUGAACAGCAUGCUUCAGACAAUGUGAACAAGAUUCUGGUGGGUAAUAAGGCUGACAUGGAUGAAAGUAAAAGGGCUGUCCCUACCUCAAAGGGCCAAGCUCUUGCUGACGAAUAUGGCAUCAAGUUCUUUGAGACUAGUGCAAAAACAAACUUAAAUGUCGAGGAGGUUUUCUUUUCAAUAGCCAGGGACAUCAAGCAAAGACUUGCUGACACUGACUCAAAGGCUGAGCCACAGGCAAUCAAAAUUAACCAACAAGACCAGGGAGCUGGGGCUGCGGCAGCUGCUCAAAAAUCAUCUUGCUGUGGAGCUUGAACAAACUACAUUGCGGAUGAGAUCUGAAGGGUACAUUUUCUUCUCUAUGGUGCCAUUUUGAUCCUGGGAAAACUAAUUUGUUACAACUAAUUUGUUUAUAUUCUCCUGCAUAUCAUUAUUUUACAGCUGCUACUGUCUGGUGUGAAAUGUUAUUAGAUCUUGGUAUUUUGCAAUAUUAAUUAUAUUAGAUUAUUUGUUUAAAUAA